AUGGCGGGAAGAGAGGUGGCCGGUAUCGAGCUAGAUUUUACUAGGGGCGGCGGUAAGAGUCGUCGAGCGAAGAUAAAGUCUUUUUGGGAGUUUAUCGACUGUCAGAAAGAACUGGUUCCCCUUCGGCCGGCUCAGGGCAAUGGCCAUGAGUCGCGAGUGAAUUGGUCGAAGGACUCGUCAGUUCGGUGCGACAAGUGCCUUGAUUCGACGAUUCCAGGAUGCGAUGACAACAGUUCGGGAGUUUGUGCCGGUUCCGAAUCGCCGCAAAGGAGGAGGAUUUGGUUCGAUGAAUUGAGGAUCCUGAAGGAGCUGGGACUGGACCGAGUCGCCUUGGCAGCCAGUAACACCUGCAAACGCUGCGUUCGCGAGGAGCAAAACAUGGAGGUAGAGCCCGAAUUUGCCGAUUCCGUGCCGCCGUCUUACCAGGAACUGACCGCGGACUUGAAGGCCUUUCAAGAACGCGUCAAGCACCAGAAAUCGAAACCCGCUUACGAGAAACCCGCGAAGUAUCAACAUUUGAUUCCGUGAUGAUGGAUUACGUUGUAUUCGACAUAGUUUGUCUCGACGGUAGAAAUUUCA